AUGCCUCCACGGAAGCGCAUCAGAGAUGAAGGCGAGGCAGCUGAGCCAGUGGCUAAGCGACGCUCGUCACGACAAGCGGCAGCAUCAAUUAAAAAAGCCGAGGAAAAGGAACAAAUUACGCCAGAAGUGAAGAAAGCCGCUGCUCCAACCAAGAAGCGUGCUGCUACUGCAAAGGAAACCAAGAGCGUCAUCAAAUCAGCAGACGACAAGAAGAAAGCUGCUAAAAAGGACAGCAAGAAGACCAAUGCAAAGAAUGAAGAUGAUGAAAAGGCAUCAUCAGAUGCACCGCGUCACGACGGCGAGUGGUAUUGGCUGAUGAAGGCCGAGCCGGAGACGCGAUUUGAGAAUGGCAUUGACGUCAGGUUCUCGAUUGAUGAUUUGCGGGCAAAGGAGAAGCCUGAAGGAUGGGAUGGAAUAAGAGCGUAUGCGGCGCGCAAUCACAUGAGGAACAUGAAUCAGGGCGAUAAAGCCUUCUUCUACCACUCCAACUGCAAAGAACCCGGCAUCGCAGGCAUCAUGGAGAUUGUCAAGGAGUUUUCCGAAGACAGAAGCGCUCGUCGCCCAGGAACGCCCUACUACGACCCGCAAUCCUCAAAGGACAAUGUCCGCUGGAGCCUGGUCCACGUCGAGUUCAGAAAGAAGUUUGCCGUGCCGAUUGGCCUCAAGGAGCUGCGCGAGCUGGGCAAGCCGGGGGGUCCGUUGGAGAACAUGCAGAUGCUGAAGCAGGGCCGGUUGAGCGUGAGCAGAGUCAGUGCGGAGGAGUGGAAGGCGCUCUGUGAGAUUGCGGAUAAGAAGGCGGAGGAGGCUGGACUGAAGCACGAGACGACCAAGUUGACCAAAUGA